AUGUCUGGCAGGGACCCUGAGGACUUUGGAGCAGAAAUCCUCUCAGAAAAGUCUCGGAUGAUCCCUGGGCUCCCCCUGUAUGACAUGGAUGACCAGCUCCUUCCCAGGGAGCCCCGCAGCCCCUGGUGCUGCCUGGCAUGGACCCUGGUGAUAGGAACCAUGAACUCCCUGGUCUUCCUCAUUAAUUUGCUCCUGAUGUUUGUUAUUUUCACCAUUGUGCUGCUUCCUACCAUUGUGGUGGUUUACUUUGGCUUCCAGUGCCACUCCCAGGUGCUGCACUCCUCUGCCCGCUACUGCAAGAGCAUCUUGGAUGACAACAGCUCCUCUGCCCUCAUCAUCCUGGGCUUUGUCAUCAUGUCCCCGCUGCUGGUGGUGGCCAUGGCCAUUUACUGCAGCCUGGCACGGCGCCUGCAGCUCCUCAUGUGCUUCCAGCCCUACAGCCUGGCCCUCUACAAGGGGGGCCGCUGGUGCUGUGCCAGGGGCUGCAACACCCAGCUCAAGGCCUGGGUGUGA